AUGUUCUUUCCCACCAAGGCCCUCGGGCUCGUCGGCCUGCUCGUCGGCGAUGCCCUCGCCGUUCCGGCGUCCAUGCUGAAUAAGCGCCAGGACGGCAUCGAUUCAUUCAUCGAUACCGAGACGCCCAUUGCGUAUGCCGGCGUCCUGGCUAACAUCGGUGACGACGGCUCCAAGGUCGCCGGUGCUGCUGCCGGAGUGGUCGUUGCGAGUCCGAGCAAGAGCAGCCCUGACUAUUUCUACACUUGGACGCGUGAUGCCGCGCUCGUCUUCAAGGCUCUGGUCGAUCGAUUCGUUAACGGUGACUAUGACCUCCAGGAUGAGAUUGAGGAAUACAUCAUCUCCCAAGCGAAGCUGCAGGGCGUCAACAACCCUUCCGGCGGCUUGUCCACGGGUGGCUUGGGCGAACCCAAGUUCUACGUCGACUUGACGCAGUUCACCGGUGCUUGGGGAAGGCCGCAGAGAGACGGCCCGCCUCUCCGCGCCACUGCCAUGAUUUCUUACGCCAGGUGGCUGGUGGACAACGGUUACUCCGAUACCGCCAGAGACAUUGUCUGGCCGGUCAUCAGGAACGAUUUGUCCUACACCACCGAGUACUGGAACCAGACUGGCUUCGAUCUUUGGGAGGAGGUGCAAGGCUCGUCUUUCUUCACCAUUGCCGUCUCUCACCGUGCCCUGGUUGAGGGCAGCGCUCUUGCUGCCUCGAUUGGCGAGAGCUGCGACUACUGCGACUCUCAAGCCCCGCUGGUCCUGUGCUUCCAGCAGACUUUCUGGAACUCGAACGGCAACUACAUUGUCUCCAACAUCAACACCAACAACGGCCGCACCGGAAAGGACGCCAACUCGAUUCUUACCUCGAACCACCUUUUCGACCCCGAGGCCGGCUGUGAUGACACCACUUUCCAACCCUGCUCUUCGCGCGCCCUGGCAAACCACAAGGCCGUGACCGACUCCUUCCGCUCGAUCUACACCAUCAACUCCGGAAAGGCCGCCGGCACCGCCGUUGCUGUCGGCAGAUACGCCGAAGACGUGUACUACAACGGCAACCCCUGGUACCUCGCCACGCUCGCCGCCGCCGAGCAGCUCUACGCCGCCCUCUACACGUGGACGCGCGAGGGCUCCAUCACCAUCGACGACGUCUCUCUCGCCUUCUUCAAGGACAUCUACCCCUCAGCCGCCACCGGCACCUUCGCGUCCGGCACCGACGCCUUCACCGCCAUCCUCAACGCCGUCAAGACGUACGCCGACGGCUACGUCUCCGUCGUCCAGCAGUACACUCCAUCCGACGGCUCGCUGUCCGAGCAGUUCUCCCGCGACAACGGCAGCCCGCUGUCGGCCUCGGACCUCACCUGGUCCUACGCCGCUUUCCUGACCGCCAUCGAGCGCCGCGACUCCAUCGUGCCCGAGUCGUGGGGCAGCGAGGCCGCCAACGAGGCGCCUGGCUCCUGCGCGGCGGGCGGCGCGUCCGGCACGUAUGCGUCGGCCACCAACACGGUCUUCCCGACUAGCCAGACUAGCAACCCCGGCGCGACGCCGACGACGACGACUACGAGGCCCCCGACGACGACGACUACUAGGACUAGUACGACGACGACCGGUGGUAACUGCCCGACUUCCGUCGCGGUGACGUUUAAUGUCGUCGCGACGACGGUGUAUGGCGAGACGAUCCUCAUUGCGGGUAAUAACGCGGCGUUGGGGUCGUGGGCGCCGGCGAGCGCGAAGGCGUUGAGUGCGGAUAAGUAUACUGCGAGCAAUAACUUGUGGUAUGCUGUCGUUAACUUGGCGCCUGGGACGAGCGUGCAGUAUAAGUAUAUCAGGAAGAGCAGUAGUGGUAGCUACACGUGGGAGAGCGAUCCGAAUCGGACGUAUAGCGUGCCGAGUUGUGUGGCGACGGCUAGUGUGAGUGAUACGUGGAGGUAG